ACGCGGAGCAGGCUCUGAAGAAGGAGGGGCUGCUGUCGCAGGACGGGAGCAGCCUGGAGGCGCUGCUGAGGACGGACCCUCUGGAGAAGCGCUCCCUGCCCGACCCCAGGAUGGACGACGACAGCCUGGGAGAGUUCCCGGUCACCAACAGCCGCGCGCGGAAGCGGAUCCUGGAGCCGGACGAUUUCCUGGACGAUUUGGACGACGAGGAUUACGAGGAGGACACGCCCAAGCGCCGAGGGAAGGGCAAGGCCAAGGGAAAAGGCGUGGGAGGCGCUCGGAAGAAGCUGGACGCCGCCAUCCUGGAGGACCGGGACAAACCCUACGCGUGCGACAACAGUUACAAACAAAAGCAUUCCUUGAAACCUCCCGACCGAGUCUGCGGGAAGCGCUACAAGAACCGCCCGGGGCUGAGCUACCACUACGCCCAUUCCCACCUGGCCGAGGAGGAGGGCGACGACAAGGACGACUCCCAGCCCCCCACUCCCGUCUCCCAGCGCUCCGAGGAGCAGAAAUCCAAGAAAGGUCCCGAUGGAUUGGCGCUUCCCAACAAUUACUGCGAUUUCUGCCUGGGAGACUCCAAGAUCAACAAGAAGACGGGACAGCCCGAGGAGCUGGUGUCCUGCUCCGACUGCGGCCGCUCCGGCCACCCGUCGUGCCUGCAGUUCACGCCGGUGAUGAUGGCAGCAGUGAAGACGUACCGCUGGCAGUGCAUCGAGUGCAAGUGCUGCAACAUCUGCGGCACCUCCGAGAACGACGAUCAGCUGCUGUUCUGUGACGACUGCGACCGCGGGUACCACAUGUACUGCCUGACCCCGCCCAUGGCCGAGCCCCCCGAGGGGAGCUGGAGCUGCCACCUCUGCCUGGACCUGCUCAAGGAGAAGGCAUCGAUUUACCAGAACCAGAACAGCUCCUGAUCCUGCUCUUCCUCCUCCUCCUCAUCCUCACCCCCUCAGCUUUGGGGCUUUUCCCCCUUUUUUUGGGUCA